AUGACCGGGCUUGAUCAAGAGCUGCUGGAAGAGGAGGAUGAGGAGUUGCUGCUGGCGUUGGAGGAGUCCCUGAAGAGAGGUGGCAAGCGCAGCAACACUGGGCUACACGAAACACAUGCUUCGUCACAGCUCGUGCGAUGGCCACAGGAGGUCCGCUUGUGCGUGGCAAGCUUCUUGCCCUGGUCCGAGAUCGUGGCGUACUCCCUUUUAUGCCGAGCGUGGCGAGCGCUUGAACUGGAGGACACACUUUGGCAGGUCUACUUCGCUGCGACCUGGCCUCGGCUGGCUGAACGUCGAGAGGCAGUGCCAGAUGGCUAUCCUCAGCCUUGGCGGGUUCUCUUCCGAGCUCAGUGGGCAAAGGGCAAUCACACAGAAGAUGCGCUGGAGGAAGAUUGGCUGGACUUCAGAGCCGCGCAGGGCUUGAAAUCCAAGCCGACAGAUUCGUCGACAGGUUCGCGCCAUCUGAAAAUACAGGAAGCACUGCAGCAGUGCCGCGAGGACUUGCAGCAGGUGGGGCUUAGAGUUCCUGCCGAAGCUGAUGCCAACCACACGUGUGAUCGGCUGUGCCGGUUCCACCGGCUGCACCUCGAGGGCGACGCCUUCCUGUGCGAGGUCAGCGGUGUUUUACACCAGUGUGCGCCAAGCACUCCUUGUGCGAGCUGCGUUCCAUCUGCGGAUGAUUGCUUCCUGGUCUGUCCUGUGAGUGGCCGUUGCUUCCCCAAAGUCAAUACCGUGAAUGAGGAGGCAACGGAAGCGGUGCCGUGCCACGAUUGGGACCCUGAGCUGAGCGCCGCUCAACAAGUUGGCCGGUGGUUUGAGCAAGGCUACUUCAUGAGCGAAGAGCAAGCUCGGUCUGCUUUUGGUUUAGGAGGACGCUGCUCGUGCUUGAACUGA